CUUAAAAGGUCAAUGUUUUAUGUGCUUAUUUAUCGAAACAAAACAACACGAGAUAAGCGCAGUAGGGUUUUUGCUUCAGUUUUUCUCUCUUAGGGUUUUUGGGCACAGAGCAAGGCGUAGGAGAAAGUAAUGGCCGAUGAUGACUACAACGAUAUGGAUAUGGGAUAUGAGGAUGAGCCUCCAGAGCCUGAGAUUGAAGUAAGUAGUGCUAUUAUAUUGAUGUACAUUGUAACUCUUUUACAUUAUAUUAAAUGUCUUUGGAUUGGAAUGAUUUGGCAGGAAGGAGCAGAGGAGGAUGUUGAGAACAAUAACAAUGAAGAUGUUCCUGGGGAUCCAAUCGAAACUGAGGAUAAAGAAGAACAGGAAGCCGCGGAACGACCUCGUAAGACAUCAAAAUAUAUGACAAAAUAUGAGCGUGCUAGAAUUUUGGGAACUCGUGCUUUGCAGAUCAGCAUGAAUGCUCCUGUAAUGGUUGAGUUGGAGGGGGAGACAGAUCCACUUGAGAUUGCUAUGAAGGAACUUCGAGAGCGAAAAAUACCUUUUACCAUCCGUCGCUACCUCCCUGAUGGAAGUUACGAAGACUGGGGAGUAGAUGAACUGAUAGUGGAAGACUCUUGGAAGAGGCAAGUGGGAGGUGAUUAAUCAACUGGCAUUUGGUAAUUGCAGCUUGUCAUUUAGUCAUUGCAAGAUGGCUUCCAAAAGCUUGUAUAAUAUGCUGUUUUAAUUCUAAACUGGUCCCUUGAGCACUGCAUUAUCAUCUAAUCAUGGAAGGAUAAGGCUUCUAGAUAUGUGUUAACAUUUGGAUAAUGACCUGAAAUGAGAUAUACAGUUACUGAUGUA